AUGGAUCUAGAUACGCCAAACAUCGAAAAGGAGGCCAUACCAGCGUCCUCCGACGAGUGCCCCUCCUCUGCUUCCACCGAAACUACAACCGAAUCUCGCUCCAUCCACGGUUUCCGCUGGAUCCUCAUCAAUGUCGCCCUCUACGUCUCCAUCUUCAUCUACGGCCUCGACACCACCAUCGCCGCUGAUGUUCAAAGCUCAGUUGUCGAGGCUUUUGGCCAUGUUGAGCAGCUUGCUUGGAUCGGCGCCGGCUUUCCCCUCGGCUCCGUUUCCGUCAUCCUCUUAUACGGCGAAUUAUACACAAACUACAAUAUAAAGUGGGUGUUCCUCGCGUCUACAGUUCUGUUUGAAGCUGGUUCGGCACUCUGCGGUGCAGCUCCGAGCAUGUCUGCCUUGAUUGUUGGACGAGUCAUUGCUGGAGCUGGCGGUAGUGGCGUCUUCAUGGGAUGCUUAAACUACUUUACCGUCUUGACGACGCCCAAGGAGAGGGGAAUAUACAUCACUGGAACGGGCUUCUGCUGGGGCAUAGGCGCUGUCCUCGGUCCUGUAAUUGGAGGCUCCUUUGUCCAAUCCAGUGCUACUUGGCGCUGGGCCUUUUACAUCAACCUCAUCAUCGCUGCUGCUUUUGCUCCGGUAUAUCUCUUUGGCCUCCCAUCCAUUCAUGUAGCUGAGGGCGCCACUACCUCCGUUGUUGAACGCGUCAAACGGAUUGACUUUCUUGGGUUGUUUCUUGGUGCCAGCACUUGGGUCUCUUUUACGCUGGCGUUCACCAUGGCAGGUGGCCAGUGGGCUUGGAACGAUGGCCGAACCAUAGCCACGAUUGUGGUAUUCGUGGCUGUUUUAAUCAUUUUUGCCAUUCAACAAACCUUUUCUAUCCUGACCACCCCCGAAAAUCGUUCGUUUCCAAUUCAUCUUUUACGAUCUCGCUCUCAAGUCCUCCUAUACAUCGCAACAUCAUCAAAUAUCACCUCCCUUUUUGUCAUCGUCUAUUUCAUCCCCAUAUACUUCCAAUUCGUCCACGGAGACUCGGCUAUCGAGGCCGCCAUCCGACUUCUUCCAUUCGUCAUUCUCACCGUCAGUUUCAACCUCGCUGCCGGCUAUCUUCUCUCCAAAGUCCGAUAUUACAUGCCGAUUUACGUCAUCGCCGGCUUCUUCAUCACCCUUGGCGGCGCAUUACUCACAGCCUAUCUUGAUCCCAACACCCCUACGAAUUAUAUAUAUGGCUUUACCGUCAUAACAGCUGUAGGAUCCGGCCUAACUCUCCAGAUUGGUUAUGCAGUCGCCUCACUCAAAGUGAAACCCAAGCACAUGGGUGACGCACUUGCGUUGCAAAACGUUUCACAAAUCGGCGGCUCUGUCAUUUCUCUUGUUAUCGCCGGUCAGAUCUUCCAAACCAGUGCCACCCAAAACUUGACCAAAGUGCUGGCAGGCAGCGCGUUCAACUUCACAUCCGCAGACAUUCAAAACGCCAUUGCCGGGGCUCAGAGUACGAUUUUUGAAGAGAUUACUGGCGAUCUAAGAGAGCAAGCUAUUCUAGCUAUUACAAAAGCCAUGCAAAAGGCAUUCAUCCCCGUAUGUGUGGGAGGUGGCGUCCAUAUGAUAACCGGGCUCCUCAUGAAGCGAGAGAAGCUCUUUGGCGACAUUGCCCCUGUUGGCGGCGGCUAG